AAGGUUCAAAAAUGCUUAUGUGGCAACAAUUAUCAUGCAGAUGGAGUUUUAAUCAACAAGGUCGUAUACCAAAAUGGUUUAAAGAAUUGGAAAUCAAAGUACUUGAAAACAAUUACAGAAUUGUUAAAAAUAAAUGGAAGUUAAAUAAUCAAAAUAAAUUCAAUGCUAGAUCUAAA